AGCUAAACUUAGAAAGGAAGAAACUUACCUUAAUAUUAUAUCCAAAUCCUAGCUGGCUGGCCAAUUCACUCACAUACUAUACUAUCCUAGCUAGCUAGGAUCUUUUACCAUCGAUCAUUCAAUUCACUCAGAUCACUCUCACAUUAUUUCUUAAGUACUGAAACUGUACUAACAUGCAUAUGGCCAUUUUCCAAGCCCUUCUCCUCCUCCUCUUUGUUUAUUCUUCCCUGUUAAUACAUGCUAUGGCAGGUGAUUGCCAAUCAUCCAGUUGUAGUGAAGGUGGAGUAUCAGUUCGGUUCCCUUUCGGUUUAGAAAAUCAUCAGUCUUUCAUGAGCUGUGCCUACAAUCCUUUGUUCAGCCUGAAAUGCAGCACUAGUAAUUAUUCUAGUAGCACUACCCAACAACGCUCACCUUUGGUUUUCAAUCUCCCUUCUUCUGGCGAUUUUUUUGUGCGUAACAUAAACUACCUGAAGCAAGAAAUACAACUCUACGAUCCAUCCAACUGCCUCCCCAAAAGGUUCUUGAAAUUAGACCUCUCAUUUUCUCCAUUUAAGCCUCUGAGUUACACCAACUACACAUUCCUCAGGUGCCCAAAACACGCCGUGAAACACCCUUCCAAUUCCUUCUCUAUCAUUGACUGCCUCAGCAACUCCACGGUUUCUGUACUGGCAACUUCUUCUAUGAGUGUAGUGAGAGCGAUGAACAUAUGUGAACCGUACGCUGCUAAUUUGCACGUUCCGGUUUCGCGCUCUGGUCAGUCUCAAGACUGGUUUUCCUCUGACUUUAGACUCAGAUGGAAUGCUCCAGAUUGCAGGAGGUGUGAAGCACAAGGUGGUGUAUGUGCAUUUGCUCCAUUUGCAGAUUAUACAAUCCAAGAUAUCGCUUGCAGUUUCGACAACGCUACUACUCCAGCUACCGGCACCAAGUCAUCCGUGAAAAAGGGUACAAGGAUUUUCUGGAUAAUUGUAGUGUGCAUAAUUCUCCCGGGCGUAGCAUUCAUGUCUUGCAUGUGGUGUUUGAAGAAAACCGGCGUCUAUAUAACAAAGCAACUAAGCAGAAGUUGGUAUAGGAGGUCUAGGAGUAGAGGAGCCGUGCAUAACCCCUCCGAGAUGCCAACAACUAGUGUGCCAACACCAUUGUUUACAGCAGAAGCAGAAGCAAGGGUGUUUGAAGAUGAUAUUGGAUCAUCAUCGAGGAGGAAUAGAUGUGCCAUUUGCCUACAAGAUAAUCAGCCGUGGGAACAGAGACCCUGGCUAAUGCUGCAGCAGCAGCAGGGGUGUCAACAUUCUUUCCACCCUCACUGCCUUGCACAAUGGCUGGAAUUCAAUCAGGGGUGUUGGAGAUGUCCAGCUUGUUAUUGGGAUUCUCUUAUUACUUCCUCCCCGGAGAUGGAGAUGGCCACUGCCAGGACUUCUCCAACACCACAGCCCACAAUGAGUAGCAGCAGCAGCUUCACUAAUUCCAUGGCUACAGCAGAUGCAGAACAUAGCACUAGUACACUACUGUACACAGCUAAGGUGUUUGAAGAUAGUGAAUGGGUUCCAAGGCGAGGCGAGAAUAGUUGUGCCAUUUGCCGAGACAAGUAUGUGGCUCAAGAGAAACUAGGACUUGUAAAUGGCUGCCAACACUCUUUCCAUGCUCACUGCCUUCAAAGUUGGUUGGAUACCAGUCCUACAUGCCCACUUUGUAGGAAUACUUCACUUUCUUCCAUUCCUACCUGAUUAAUUAUAUUUA